GUCAUUUUUGGGAAAGCAUACUCUCAGUCAUCUGGUCAACGUUUUGGAAAUUUCUACAAUUGUUUGACAAUUAUGUGGCCAAGGAAUGAAUCUGUGAUCAUCUCUUGAGCUCCGUUAGUAUAGUUGUCUUCUUAGUGACAUAUCAUACUGGAUUGCAUUUGAGGACAAUUUCCGCUGGUUAAUCUACUUUGAGAAAACUUAACUGAAGCAUUCCGAUAUUUCGACGUUCUACCCAACCUUUAGGCCUAAGAACCAAUAAGAGAUGGAAAAUACUACUUACGACUUAGAUUAUCGAAAUUUUAACGGCUGCUGUUCUCGAUACACAAUUUUUAAGUUGAAGUUAACAGAUAGCGCCUUGAAUGCUAUUGAUCAAUAUAAAAAUUUCAAAAAAACGUUACCGAGAAAGCCAACAGUUAAAUUUCAGGAAAAAACUGGCAUAAUGACAAUUCCAGUCCCUCAACAAGGUGAUAAAAAAUAUCAACUAACCUUAAGCAAAAUCUUGGAUCCUGAGGAUUGUGUUUUGCACGGGAGUCAUAAAUCUAACAAAUUGGUAGCUAUAGGUGUUCAAACUCAUAAAAUUCAAGUUGGAGCAACCGAAGAGAUUUUUGAGCAUACCAGGGAACGCAUUAAUGCUGUCGAAAAAGAAAGGCAGAAGGAUGGAACACAGGAAAUUACCAAAACAGUAAAAAAAAAUAGUUCAAAAGGCGUAAACAGAAAGAUCACUGACAUGAGGACAUUACCCAGACCAAUUUCACCUUACAAUAGGGGAAAGAAACCUACACCACCAUCAAGCCAAACAAAUGGUCUUCUUCUAAGCAAAUCACUCAAGGAGAGAGUCAUACAUAUUUUAGCAUUAAAGCCAUAUAACAGACCAGAAUUGAUCAUGCGACUGGACAAAGACGGCCGUUCAGAAGAUGCCCAUAACCCUGAACUCCUCUCCAGCGUUCUUAAAGAAGUGGCUGUUCAAUCACGUGACAACUAUAUAUUAAACCCUCAAUUAUAUGCUCAAGUUAAACCUAACUGGCCUGGCUUUAGCGUCGAAGAUAGGGCAUUUGUUGAAAACCGUAAAAGGCAGAAAGUUUCAAGACCAGAUAAUGAAGAAACAGCCGCAAAGCGAUCGAAAUUUUCUGACUUUGUGCCAAUUAGAAAAACACGCGGAGAGCAGAGAAAAGAGCUUGAAGAUAUGAUGAAAGAAAAGAAGUCCUUAGAGCAAAAAACUGCUAAUAACGAGAAGGAAAAGCCUACAGAAUUGAAGGUAGAAAAACUACCAUCAGAGCCUGAUUAUCACCUCCAGUAUGUUCCAAUAACUAAUGAAAAGCAGUAUCAAAAUUACGUUGAAGAUUACAAAUCUCAAUACGAAGAAUACCUAAAUUUGCAUAAGUUUUUAGCAGAAGUGUAUGCCCCAUUUCGAGAACUUCAACAACAGCUUAAAACUUCAACAGAGGGAACUAAUGAAUAUAAUGAACUAUGCGUUAAGGUUAACAACGAAUUUCAACGUGUGAAGAAGGAUGAAAAUUUUAGUUUAAAAAAAAAGAGAUUUGAUUUUCUUCAUUCAAAACUCAAGUUCAUAAAAGAAUUAACGAAAAAGUAUGAGGCAGCUGAGCAAUCAAAAGUAUCCAGGACUGAAAAUUCUUACGCUGAUUUAUUUUAA